AUGAAUAAAGGAAUAAUAGAAACACCAAAAUAUUACUCAGUGAUGGUCUCGUUAUUUUUUUGGGCAGUAGUAACAGUCCUUUGUUUUUAUGAUGUUCAAGAGUCUUUUCUACCGUCAAAGAUAUCUUUUUUUCUCAACCAGCCAUAUCAUUUUAGUUACUUUUCUACAUUAAUUGGUGUCUUGUCAUUUGUUGUGUUUUUUGUUUCAGUUGUCAGCUUAUUUUGUAUGACUGAUGAAUUUACUCAUAGCCUUAGGGUUCGAACUGAAGAGCAAUGUCGACUAACUUCAUAUAAAUUUGUUUAUUUGAUUAGCCAAUCUGUAAAUAUUAUAGGUUCAGUCUUAAUAGUCUUAUUGUCAUAUCUCCAUUAUUCAAUAGAAAAAGAAUGGUUUAGUUUAUCUGAAGAUGAAAGAAUUCAAUUGGAUGAAACUAAAUUUGUUGAUGAUAAAAUUUCCUUUAUUAAACAACUUCUAUUAAAACCAAAACAAAAAAAUGAAUAA